UCUGAGUAGAGCUCGUGCACGGCGCGUGCGCACGCAGGCUGCCUCGUCUCCUCGUCCCCUUCCCCAGCCUCUCCUCUCCUGCAGCAUGAAGCGCAGUGAUGGCCAGGAGUAGCAGGUCAGCGGCGCGGACCCUGGAGGAUUUGACGCUGGACUCGGGUUACGGUGGAGCCGCAGACUCGUUCCGGUCUUCCAGCGCGUCUCUGUGCUGCUCGGAGGCACAUGGAGGGACUCACUGGCAUCUAACGGACUCCAUGCACAGCCGACACAACAGCCUGGACACGGUGAACACGGUGCUGGUCGAGGACGCAGAGAUCCUGGAGAGCAGCGGCCAGUGCGCGAAACUACCCGAGCUUGAGCUUGAGGAUGUGCCUUGGAGCCUCGGGGAAGUGGCGAGCGCGCUGAGCAGAGAUGAGGAGAUGAGCCUGCCGACGCCCCCUCAGGACGUCCUGCUCCGGCUGUCGUUGCUGGUCAGCCGCGCUCUGGUCCGGGUGGCCCGGGAGGUGCAGCGGCUGAGUCUGCGCUACGCCAAAUGCACCAAAUACGAGGUCCAAAGCGCCGUGAGGAUGGUGCUGUCCUGGAGCGUGUCGUCGAGCUGCAUCGGCGCGGCCCUCGGCGCCCUGUCCCGGUACAACAUGAGCACCGAGGAGGACAAGUUCAGCCGGGGGAAGUCUCUGCGCUGUGGACUGGUCUUCAACGUGGGCAGGUUCUUCAGGUGGAUGGUGGACAGCAGGGUGGCGGUCAGGAUCCACGAGCACGCCGCCAUCUACCUGGCGGCGUGCAUGGAGGGCCUGUUCAGGGAGGUGUACGCGCACGUGCUGCGCAGCGCGCUGCUAGAGCACGAUAACGGGAUCCCCAAGUUCACCGUGGAGACUCUGGAGCAGGCCGUCAACGGGGACGCCGAGAUCUGGGGCUCUCUGCUGCCAUGGCAACACCUCAUCUGUGGAAAGAACGCCAACGGUGUGCUGAGCGUACCUGAGGGUCUGACUCUUCACAGAGAGCAGCAGCAGCAGCAGCGAGCGGGGAAGAGUGCAGAGGGAAACGCCUACAGCCAGUCUGAGCUGCGUUCGGUUGAGCAGUGUUUACUGGCUACGAGAGUGGGCAGCAUAUCCGAGCUCAGUGACCUGGUGUCCCGGGCCAUGCACUACCUACAGCCGCUCUACACCAAAAACCACAACAACGGGACGCCGGUCCACCAGAAGAGCGGCGGGAUUCAGUGGGCGCCAGAGGCCAUCUACACCCUGUGUUACUUCAUGCACUGCCCGCAGAUGGAGUGGGAGAACCCCAACGUGGAGCCGUCCAAGGUCACGCUACAAACGGAGAGGCCGUUCAUGGUGCUGCCUCCUCUGAUGGAGUGGGUGCGCGUGGCCGUGGUCCACACGGAGCACAGACGCAGCCUCUCCGUGGACAGCGACGACGUCCGGCAGGCCGCCCGGCUGCUGCUGCCCGGGGUGGACUGUGAGCCUCGUCAGCUCCGAACGGAUGACUGCUUCUGCGCCUCGAGGAAACUGGACGCCUCCUCGACCGAAGCGAAGUUCCUGCAGGACCUGGGCUUCCGCAUGCUCAGCUGCGGGCGCACGGACCUGGUGAAGCAGGCUGUCAACCUGCUGGGGCCUGAUGGCAUCAACAGCAUGAGCGAGCAGGGGAUGACGCCGCUGAUGUACGCCUGCGUCCGAGGAGACGAGGCCAUGGUGCAGAUGCUGCUGGAUGCAGGAGCUGAUAUCAACAGUGAGGUGCCAAACUCAGUGCACAAGCAUCCCUCAGUCUUUCCUGAAACGCGGCAGGCGACGCCCCUCACUUUCGCCGUGUUACACGGACAUGUGCCCGUGGUGCAGCUGCUGCUGGACGCCAAAGCCAACGUGGAGGGCUCCCUGCAGGAUGGGAUGGAGAACUACACAGAGACCCCGCUGCAGCUGGCGGCAGCUGCAGGUAACUUUGAGCUGGUGAGUCUGCUGCUGGAGCGCGGGGCCGACCCCAUGGUGGGAACCAUGUACCGUAACGGCAUCUCCACGGCGCCGCAGGGAGACAUGAACUCGUACAGCCUGGCAGCAGCUCACGGGCACAGAAACGUGUUCCGGAAGCUGCUGUCCCACACAGAGAAAGGGAAGGGGGACGUUUUAUCGCUGGAGGAGAUUUUGGCUGAAGGUUCGGGGCUGGAGGGGAGGAGUUCGUCUCAGAUCGACCUGAUCCGCAGCGGGAAGGCCAAGCUCAAAGCUCUGAAAGAAGCCAUGUACCACAGCUCCGAGCACGGCCACGUGGACAUCACCAUCGACAUCCGGAGCCUCGGUGUUCCCUGGACCCUCCACACCUGGCUGGAGUCUCUGCGGACCUGUUUCGGUCAGCACCGGCGGCCUCUGAUCCAGGGUCUGCUCAAAGAGUUCAGCUGUAUCGAGGAGGAGGAGUACACCGAGGAGCUCAUCACACACGGCCUGCCGCUCAUGUUCCAGAUCCUCAGAGCCAGCAAGAACGAGGUGAUCAGCCAGCAGCUGUCGGCCAUCUUCACCCAGUGCUACGGCCCCUACCCCAUCCCCAAACUGGCCGAGAUCAAGAGGAAGCCGUCGUCACGUCUGGAUCCUCACUUUCUGAACAACAAAGAGAUGUCUGAUGUGACUUUCCUGGUGGAAGGGAAGCCUUUCUACGCCCACAAAGUCCUGCUCUUCACAGCCUCCAGCAGGUUUAAAACUCUCCUAGCAAACCGACCUUGUGGUGAGAACACGUGCAUUGAAAUCAGCAACGUCAAAUAUCAUAUUUUCCAGCUGGUGAUGCAGUAUCUGUACUUUGGAGGGACUGAGGCUCUGCACAUCAGGAACACGGACGUCAUGGAGCUUCUGUCUGCUGCCAAGUUCUUCCAGCUGGAGGCGCUGCAGAGGCACUGUGAGAUCAUCUGCACCAAGAACAUCAACACUGAAACCUGUGUGGAGAUCUACAACCACACCAAGUUUCUUGAUGCUCCAGACUUGGCGUCGUACAUCGAGGGCUACUUCCUGAAAAACAUGGUGAUCCUGAUCGAGCUGGAGCCAUUCAAGCAGCUGCUGUACGACACGCCUCCUGAUACCCCGGGCUGCGAAAUCAUGCAGGACCUGGAGAAGACUUUGGCCAUCCGCAUCCAGUCCAUCCACCUGUCAUCCUCCAAGGGAUCCAUCGUCUGAGCUCACGGGGAAUAUCCAGAGACACAGUGAGUGUGGAGGACUGUCAGAGAGGAUCUCUCUGGAGCUCAUCAGAAACUCACAUGCUUCCUGUUAUCACAUCUGCAGUAUACACACGGCUAUCACAGAAAUAGCUGUUCAAUGCCAAAAUACCAUUGACUUUUUCCUGAGACGCCUCAGCGUCUCCUGCUGAGGACGAACUGAGGAUAACCUGCUUUAACAUGGACAGAAUCAUCUGUAUAUUUGUCAUUAAAUGUGCUGAUUAAAGCCAAACAGACGAGCCACUGACACAAGCCUGGAAUAAAGAACCCUCCUGACGGGACUCUAGGCCAAGAUUCAGGAGGAUGGGACCCUCCUCUCCUCUGCUGGGAUGUAAAUAUUGUUCAUAUAAAACAGAGCUAUUGAUAAUGUAAGUUAAUGUAUAUAUCCUCAGAUGUUUUCUCAUUGUCUUAUUGGAUAUCGCUGUAAAAUCAAUUUUAAAAACAGUGUUUAAUGUUGCAUGUUGGAGGGAUGACUGUGCGUUUUUAUGUUCUAAAUGUUGGAGGAGAUAGAGAGGAGAGGGAGAGAGAGAGGGAGAGACAGAGAGCGAGAGGGAGAGACAGAGAGCAAGAAAGAGAGAGAGGAGAGUGAGAGACAAGGAGAGAGGGAGAG